AUGAAAAUUUAUAUUCAUUAUGAGAGUGAACCAGAAGAAACAGUUAUCAUUCAACCAAUUCAAAGCGGUAUUGAAACUGUUGAGCAAUUAAAAAGUUAUUUUUUAAAUGAAUACAAAAAUAAACAUCCAAAUUCAACUUUAGGCGAUUCAAUUGAUUUAAAGGAUAAAAAAGGUAAAACACUUUUUGAUUCAUAUUCAAUUACAAAGUAUUUUUCAAAUUUAGAUGACGGUUUCAUUAUAAAAGGUAAUACAUCACCAACUUUAAAUUCAAAUUCAACUUCAACAACAGUAAAAACAACAACAACAACACCAACACCAACAACAAAAACAGCAACAACAACAACACCAACACCAAAUCCAAUAGUAACAACAAAACAAUUAAAUACAAAUAAAAAUAUAGAUAAACCAAAAUUAAAAGGUGUUGAUGAACAAAGAUAUAAUGGUGUUGUUAAACCACUUUUAGAACAAGCUGAAAGAUUUCAUUCAAAUCAACAAUUUAAGAAUUCAAUUUCAUAUUAUGAAAAUGUUUUAUCAAUGAUGCCAAAUGAAAAAACAUCAUUAUUAAGAUGUUCAAAUAUUUAUUUUAAUGCAAAGAGAUGGAAAGAAGCAGAGAUAAUGAUUGAAAAAGGUAUUAAAUAUUAUCCAGAAGAUAUAGAAUUUCAUGAUUUGAAAGCAAAUUUAAAGAUUUCAACAUUAGAGUAUACAGAAGCUUUGAAAUCAUUGAAAAUCAUUAUGGAACUUUUAACACCAAGUCAUUCAAAGUAUGAAGAGUAUCAAGCGAUUUAUGGUAAAACUUUAUACGAUACAAGAAUACCACGUCUUCAACAAGAGGCUUGUGAUAUCCUAACCACUACAGUUCACAAGAAUGAAAAAAAUAUUCAAGCAUUAAUUGGGUUCACUCAUGUUUUAAUUGAAAAAGGUCAAUUGAAAGAUGCAGUUCAAGCAGUUUUACAAUUGUUAGGUACUCUACCAGAGAUUAAUAAAAAAACUCAAAAAACUAAAUUCUUACCAUUAAGUGGUGAAACGAUUGUAUUAAAUGAUCCAUGGCAAAAAGAAAGAAAAUGGACUCAAGAGAAGAUAUCAGAUUUAAUUAAAUUAUUAGGUGUUGAUGCAAUUGUUGGUGGUUUCAAUGCACAUGCUGUCACUCCUCAAUUAAUGGCAUUCCUUUCAAAUUAUGUUAAAGAAUUUGGUGCAGUUAAUGAAUCGAUCGAAUUAAUUAAGAGAUCCUCUUUAAAAGAACCACAUCAUACUUUAUAUAGAUUAUCAUUAAUUCAUGCUUUGGAAGUAACUCAAGAUUAUGGUACUGCCAUUGAAUUUGCUUUAGACUUUUUACGUAAUAAUAAAGAACGUGGUUUAUCACAAUAUUCUGAUGUAAAUUGUGGUACAAUUUUAUCAAUUUUUGAAAAACAUUUAAAAUCAUCGCCACCACAAUAUAAACAUAUCUAUGAAAAACAAUCAUUUAAAUUAGAUGGUGAAUCUGUUAAAGUUAGUCAAGAUAUUUUAACAGUUUCACCAGAUUUACCAACACCAAUUCCUUACACUCAAGAUGAAUUGGAUAUAAUGGGGCUUUGGUUUGCAACUAGUAAGGUUUGUUAUGCAAGUGGUAUUUUAGAACCUUUACCAGAGUUGAUAGCUUUAUUAGAGAAAACUAGAGUUGGUAGAGAUUUACAUAUGACUUCAUCUCGUAAUGAAAAUGCUUACUUUUGUUGUAUUUCAACUUUAAUGCCCUAUAAAUCAUUACCAUUACCAAAGUAUCGUCCAAUUUAUAUCGCUGGUGAUAGUCAUUGUUUUUCAACCGCUUGGACUCCUCUCACAAUUCAAGGUGAACAACGUCUUUUCCAUCCUCUAUUGGUAACUGGUCUAAAGAUGUGGCAUCUUCGUCCCUCAAGUAAAUUCUAUCCAAAAGUAAACUUUUAUAACGUCGUUCCAACCGCUCCACCAGGCUCUGAAAUAGUUUUCCAAUUUGGUGAAAUCGAUUGUCGUGAAGGUAUCAUCAUCUCUGUUGAACGUUGUCGUUAUAAAGAUGUUGAAGAUGGUAUGAAUGUUACAAUCGAUUAUUAUAUCUCUGCUCUAAAAGAUUUGGUAGAUAAGUAUAAAUAUAAAAUUUUCAUUCAUCCAGUUGUACCUGUCCUUAAUGAAACUCGUCAUAUAGUUAAAGAAUUUAAUAAAAUUUUUGAAAAGAAAAUUAAAGCUUGUAAAGAAUUUGUUUGGUUAGACUUUUUCCCAACUCUCUUAAAUCCUCAGGAUGAAAAUUCUUUUAAUACUCAAUACGCCUUAGAUGGCACUCAUAUGAAUCCUUCUUAUGUUCCAUUAAUUGAAUCUUGUAUAAAUAAUCAUUAUAAUCAACAAUUAUCUUCAAGAUUAAUUAAAUAA